GCAGCUUACGUGCGUAGUCCUCUCCUAGAGAGGCUUGUCUCACAUAUAUAAUAGGUAUUACAGGUAAACAGAUAUUCUCUAUCCAUCAUCAAUCAUUCAAUCAUAUCUCAAUCGAAUUCCACAACCAAUCUCUUCAACUUUUCGUCGAAAAGCCAAUCCGAACCCCAAUCCCAAUUCCAAUCCCAACCCCGAGCGACAUGUGCUGCAGACGCAACAACAACCGCCGUCGUGGCCCCAUCGCCUCCCUCGUCAUCGCCGGCGUGGUCCUUGGCACCCAAAAGGUCCAGCAGAAGCGCAAAGCGCGCGAAGAAGAGAAGGCUACCAGAGCUAUCGAGGAGGAGCUGAGUUAUGAAGAAGCUCGUCGGUCCGCAAUCCAGGAUGCGCAGAUCUCUAGGGACUCGAAGGAGAUUGAGGCGCACGAGGAGAACCCGCCGGACUACGACAAUGUGCCGACGUGGGAUUAUACAACGACUUAUGAGAACACGAUGGGUAGCGGUUAUGGUGGCCGUGGUUUGGUUGCUGGGGACGAAAAGAGGAAGUUGUAAUGUCGUUUGAGGAGUGGUCCGAAGAUGAGAGGGGUCUCGCGGUGUAUGAUUUAUGACUUGUUUUUGUUUUGUAUAUUGUGUAUUUGUUCGCCACGAAUAUUGUUCUUUUAGCUGUCAUGCUGUCGCUACGGAGUAUUCUAAUCGUCUAAUGGGUGGUGGAUGAUGUUUGAGGACACUAAUUGAU